CAUCCUCCACUUUCUUCUUACAAUGACACACCGACGAGCACCAUCCAUCCACAGCGCUGGCACCUCAAAAAAUGGCAGGUCAGACUCCCCAAGGGUACAGAAAAACCAGCGCAUUCGACCUCAACCUUCCGAUCCUACACCACCGCCGCCGCCACCACAAGCGAAACCGAACCUCGGAAUGUCCCCAAUGUCCAGAUACAACCAUAAUCUCAAAGUCCUACGACGGAGAGAUCCUUCAAUAACAACAAUAUUUGAUCAGUUUAGCCAUGUCUGUGUCUAUCAUCACAACGGAUCCAAGUGGGAAAAGUUGGGAUACGAAGGCAGCAUGUUUCUCUAUGAAAGAGAAUCAUACCCGCCAUAUGGCUUCUACAUUCUCAACCGCAUGGGAAUGGAUGAUUAUAUCCAACGGAUUCAUCCAGAGGACGAUAUGGGACUGCAUGGGAGCUACCUUAUGAUUCAGUCUUAUCCCGAUUAUACUUCUGAAAGGAUAGCUCGUGCAGAAGAGCAGCAUCCUCUACAGCGCCCAGACAAAUUCAAUGAUGUCUAUAGUCUCCCAGAACCUCCAGACUCAAUCACACACAAGAGCCUCAGUGGCACCAAGACUGUUGGCCUUUGGAUGUUUCCCACUGACGCCCGGGAGCCUCUAACUGUAGUUAUGAAACGUUUGCAUAAAUAUAUCCAGAGAAACGAGCCGUAUCCUGAAGAGUUCAGAUAUGGCCCCAACAAACCACCCCCGCCUAAUCCACACCUGCGCACUACAACGGCCUCGCCUUCUACACAAGUCGAAUCUAAGCCAGCGUCUACUUCCAACAAUGGACCAAACAGUUCUACUAAUGAUGAUGCCCAUGGCACUCCUGCCUUCAACUCAUUACUGGCCAAGCUGGGUGCUCAGAAAUCACCCUCGCCUUCAUCUUCGCGCAUAACGCCUUCAAUGCCCCCGUCUUCUGGCAGUUCUUCAAAACUCACCGUUGAUUCAUUGUUUGCGGCUUUGAAUGGAGGUGGCGUUUCUCAGGAUGCUCCUGGACCACCACCACAACCACCCCAGUCCACAAGCACGACCGGCAUCCCAUUACUGGAUUCGAUAUUCGCAUCAGCAACUCCUGCCCCCGUUUCUAACGGCUCUGUCUCACAGUCCGCUUCAGUCUCGUCAAUUACAGCCACGAUACGCCCGCCUUCCGUAACGAAACCCAUUAUUCACUCACCCAUUCCCACCAGCACUUCAUUACCCCAGAUCUUGAACCAAGAUGUCAUUUCUACUCUUUUAGGCCUACCGCCUUCUCGGACAAACUCAGCGGCGACGUCUGUAUCAACAUCAACUUCUCAUAGCAGUAAUUCGCGCUCACAUCCAAGCUCGCGAGAGGGAGAUUGUUCGGAUGCAGGAUAUUCUGAAUCGAGCACGGUGCUGGAUCAAGAGGCUGAGCUAGAUAUGGAGCUGCAAGCGGCUGGUGCUAGUGCAGGACGGCCAUUGCUGAGCAGGGAAUUCCCCUCCGGUCUACUGGGAUCAAACAGUAAUGAGAGGGUGAACGGGGAUGUGACGCCCCGCGCUCCGUUACCACGGUUGGGAUCUAUGCCGCCCGCAUCCGCAAGCCAUGCAUGCCCCCCGCCGAUGAAGACAUCUUGGUCAGAUACUACAGUACAACGUGUACUUUCAACGUCCCAGUCUGGGGUUGUUGCUCCUACACCACCACCAGUCCAUGCAGACAUGGUCCCUCUGAAUGGCAAUAGUAACGGAAGACGUCUAGUGCCAUUUGACGAACCGGACCCUAGUCUGUGGCCUUAUCCAAGAGCGCCCAUUGACGAAGAUCAGGAGGAGGAAAUUCUGGAGCUGGAUUUCGAAGACACAAGCGCAUUGAGUGACGCAGAUGCAUUUAGGGAGGCCGAGAUGAAUGCUAAGAAGAGAAACGGUCACAACAAUCAGAGAAAGAAAGGGAAAGCCAAUAGUAGGGAGCAAAGAGACGCGAUCGAACGUAGCUGGGAUGUUCCUGUACCUCCGGCUGUCCCAGCGUCACCAUCACUUUCACCAUCACCACCUCCAUCUACAGAGAUAAGGAGUGCGCCGACGACAGUGAAGAUGACUGUCAAUGGGUCGAUGAAGGUGAAUGGAAAGGCGCCAGUUGCAGGGCUGGAUUCCGAUGCGGUGAAGGAGAGUAUCUUGGACGCGGUAAUCCCUGGAGGACGACAUGUAGAUAGAAAUGAGUUUGUGCGAGAAGUACUGACUUUAAUUCAUACGGAUAAAAAAUUUGUAGAUGACCUCUGGCAGGAUUAUCUCGGACGGAUGCGAUAAAUGUAGCCCUAGUAGUAUAACGAUCACGCCAUCACUUUCAUGUCAUGUCGCAUAUAUUAGUCAUUCUCUAUUACGCGGUGCCGUGC